UAGCAAAACAGUGACACUGAGGUCAGUAUAAUAUACUGAUACACACAUACACACACAGAAAUACAAAUGACUUAUCUGCUCAAGAAGGGAAGAGAGGGGGGGGCAGUGUUAAGGCAGAGAAGACAAGAAAUUAAGCACUAAAGAAAUGCAGGAGGGAAAAAGUGAAUUGUAGAAGGGGGAAGUCAGAAGAGCUAGAAACAGGAGGAAGUUGGAGAUCUGCUGCUUCCUGUACACACAGAAUGAUGAUUGUAGACAAAGCUGGGUGGGGACUCGUCUCUCUGGGUUGCUUCACAUAAGGCAGCUGAGUCGGGGCUCUCCAGUAUAUUUUAAUAUUCUGGAAAAGAAGAAGAAUACUGAAAGCUUCAAAAGGGAGAAAGAACAUCUGCUUUUUAAACAUCAAAGUCUCAUUUAAAGCAUUAACCACUAAACAAAACCAAGACACCUUCAGUAGUAUUAAGAAACAGCAACUUGAAUUCCAAUGGCCAGCAACAACACUGCCAGUAUAGCCCAAGCCAGGAAACUUGUGGAACAACUUAAAAUGGAGGCCAAUAUUGACAGGAUAAAGGUAUCCAAAGCAGCAGCUGAUCUGAUGACUUACUGUGAAGGUCACGCUAAAGAAGACCCACUGCUGACUCCAGUCCCUGCAUCAGAAAAUCCAUUCCGAGAGAAGAAGUUCUUCUGCGUUAUACUGUAAAUUCCUGUUGGACCUGAAAAUCCAAUGGGCGUCCCUGAACACUGGCAUAAAUGCUUAGAGAUGUGAAUGCAUUUCUAAUGUGCAGAAUUUACAAACAAGCCAAGGAGCUAACAGGGAUGUAAAUGUUUAAAGAGACUUGACACUUUAUCUGGAAAUGAAGAGGGAGUUUUAUUCCGUGAAACUAAAGAUCUGACAUCCAUAACAAAACUGCCUAAGAAGAAAAUUUGUAGCGAUUAAAUAUGUGUAACGUUUUGCUCUCACAGAAAUGUUAUGUUUGAUAGAUUAAUGUAAACAAAAGUCUGACAGUUGUGCUGAGCAAGCUAAUACUGAAGUUAUGUAUAAUCUCCUUGGAAUGAAUAUCAAUGUGUUCUUCAAACAUUUUUAUUUAAUUAAUUGGUUAAACUAUAGCAACACAAUAGAUAACUGUGGUAUUGUUACUUACUAUUUGGUUAUGUGCUUUUGCAUUAGAUUAGCACAUUAGGCUGGAUUUUGCGCUGACAAGUGGAUACCAUGAUACAAAUAUUCUGAACAGCAUACUGAAUACUAAUGAAUAAGAAAUCAUUUCAGUUAUGAACGCUGUCUGUAUGGUGUCCUCUAAAACUGAGACAUCAGUUUUUCUAACAUUUGUAUACAGUAGCUUAUAAAAUAAUACAAGUAAAUCUGUAAGUGUGUUGUGCUGGUGCUUUCAAUAUUUGUAACUAUUUUAAAGAGUUAUGCAUGAAAAUGUUCCACCCUCUCUACAAAUUUUUAUUCCAAAUCCUAAUGAAAGAAGAUGUAUAAAACAGAAUCCCUCUAGUGUCACAUGUACCAUAAAGUUUGCCUAGAAAUUAAGACAAUCCACAGCUUUUUAAAUGCAACACUCAGACAGGACAGUCACAGAGAUUAGUGCAGAGCCUUAUCCAAAUGCCUUAGUCUUACAGGUAAGGAGGAUGAAUGUUGUUCCUAGAGGCACCUGUAAGAGAUAUCAACAUUUUUACAGAGCAGUCAUAAUGCAUAGUUAUAUCUGUUGGUCCAACAGAUCUUUUUACUCAACUGUUUACAAAUCAAUACAUAGAUCUACAUGAUUGCCAUACUAGCUGUCCUUCAGCAUGGCCAUGCCACAAUUCCUAAUCCAGGAAAAGGCCAGCAGGUUUAGGUUUUAAAUUGUACAAAUGCAGCACAUUUCAAACACUUGAUGCAACUUAGAAAGACCUGGGGUGAAAGUGUUUUACAGACAGUGGUGAAGUCAGGGAUACAUUUAGACUUGUAAUAUGCCAGUAAUAUACAUUCCAACUACUUCGUAACACAAUGAGAAAUGAGAACUGUGUUAGUGCACACAGGUGUAAGGCAUCUCACUGCAUUAUCUCUUUGUCAUUGUGUUACAGUAGCAAAUACUAAGAUGUAGGGGGAAACAGAACAGAAGAUAUGAAUAAAUGCCUAUUUUUGUGAUAUAAAAAAUGUGUGCCCUCAUAGAUUUUUUUUUCACUUUUUGAUCGGGUUAAGGAUAGGAAGGUAUACAUCUUUAUCACAAAACAUGUGAUAAGCUUAACAUAUAUGAAAUAUUUUUGUCAUAUAUGGAAUAUUCAGUUGUUUUUAUUUUAAUAAAAACAAACAAAGACAUAUCUCAUUUAAACAAUUAAUGGCUAAUAAUACAGAUUGUCUUACUAGGGAUAAAAGUAUAUGAGACUGUAAAUUCUGUACAGUGUUUUAAUAUUUAGUUUACUAAAAGUAAACUCAAAGCACACAGAGCUUAUUCAAGGCCUACUGCCUCACUAACACAUUGACACUUUAGGAGCACUGUUGUCAGAUUAUUUGUAAUAAUUUUUCUAAUGGCUUAGUGUAUAUUAAAAAUAAGAGACUGUUUGAAAUAACUGCUGCAUGGAAAACCUACAUGAUGCCAAAUUUACCCUUAAAAUUUUCAAAACUAUUUUUGCAAAUCUUUAUCUUUCUUUUUAUUGCCCUUUUGGGUCUGUCACAAUGAGCCAGUUUUACAUACUUAAAGUUAUAUUAUUAAUAAUAAAAACUUUUGCUAAUAUUGUGAUGAGUGACAUGCAGAAAACAAAAAUCCUUUGAAUAUGAUUGCCUGUAAAGUAAAAAAGGUUCUUACAUCUUUAGAGUAUAAACACAUACUCAUAUUGACCUGUCAUUAAAACCAUUUUAAAUGAAUGAGAGCCAGAGGUUACUGUGUGAUUUAUAUUUGACAACAGUGAGUGCUUGCAUCUCGGCCAGUCAACCAGAAAAUGGCUACAUAGUAAAAGAAAUAGAAUUAUGCAGAUUUUCCUUUAUGGAGUAAUUGUACGAGCUGUGUUAUUUUAUUCCUAGAUGUAACGCUUUGUUAGAUUUGUACAGGGAAACUUGACGGAGAUUAGUGCAUAUUUUCAUGCUAUGUGAACAAAAUUUUUGGUUUUAAAUAAACUUUUGGAACUUUC